UCCCGUCUCCCCCCAAAAAAGUUUGAGUCGCCGCUGCCGGGUUGCCAGCGGAGUCGCGCGCCGGGAGCUACGUAGGGCAGAGAAGUCAUGGCUUCUCCGUCCAAAGGCAAUGACCUGUUUUCGUCUGAUGAGGAGGGCCCGGCGAUGGUGGCUGGGCCGGGCCCGGGGCCUGGGGGCGCGGAGGGGGCCGCGGAGGAGCGCCGCGUCAAGGUCUCCAGCCUGCCCUUUAGCGUGGAGGCGCUCAUGUCGGACAAGAAGCCGCCCAAGGAGGCGUCCCCGCUGCCAGCCGAGAGCGCCUCCGCCGGGGCCACCCUGCGGCCGCUGCUGCUGCCGGGACACGGCGCCCGGGAGGCUCACAGCCCCGGGCCGCUGGUCAAACCCUUCGAGACCGCCUCGGUGAAGUCGGAAAACUCCGAAGACGGGGCCGCGUGGAUGCAGGAGCCCGGCAGAUACUCGCCGCCGCCGAGACACAUGAGCCCCACUGCCUGCACCCUGCGGAAACACAAGACCAAUCGGAAGCCACGCACCCCCUUCACCACGUCCCAACUCCUUGCUCUGGAGCGCAAGUUCCGCCAGAAACAGUACCUCUCCAUUGCAGAGCGCGCAGAGUUCUCCAGCUCUCUGAACCUCACAGAGACCCAGGUCAAAAUCUGGUUCCAGAACCGAAGGGCCAAGGCGAAAAGACUGCAGGAGGCCGAACUGGAAAAGCUGAAAAUGGCCGCCAAACCUAUGCUGCCCUCUGGCUUCAGCCUCCCUUUCCCCAUCAACUCCCCCCUACAAGCAGCAUCCAUAUACGGAGCGUCCUACCCUUUCCAUAGACCUGUCCUCCCCAUCCCGCCCGUUGGACUCUAUGCGACUCCGGUUGGAUACGGCAUGUACCAUCUGUCCUAAGGAAGGCCAGCUCCAUAGACUCCACGAUGGAUGGAUGUGUGUUUAAAUGGGUCCCCCCCCUCCAAGAAGGCAGUAGCAAGCCACUACUCCUGCUCCGCAAAAGGGGCCACCGACAUAGUUCGAAUUUCUUUAGGCUGGAGGCACCGAGUCCCAUUUUCUUGGUGCCAUCUUCUAGAUGCCUCCCCCUACCCCCCUUCACAAAGAUUGGCUCUGAUGGUUUUUAUAUAUAAAUAUAUAUGUAAUAAAAGAUAAUACAUUUUUUUAUACAGCAGACGUAAAAAAUUCAGAUUAUUUUGAAAGGCAAAAUUUAUAUGCAUAGUAUCUACUUUUUCCCCUAUAUAUCUCCUUCCUAAAAGAGUCUAAUAUGUCCAUUUGUCUUUUCUCAGAGGAGGCCCACCUGAUUUGCUAAAAUUGCUGACAAUUUGGUGAUUUUUGAUGAUAUGAUUGCCUUGUGCUUAUGGAAAACAAAGAUUAGAAUUAGAAACACGCAUAGGAAUGAGAUAAUGGAGAGACUCCUCAAAAUGACAGGGACACAUCACGUUUUGGCAUUUUUACAUGCGUUAAAAAAACUGAUUAGGUGCUACCAUAUUCGUCCCUAUAUUUCCCCCUCUUUACACAUUGUUACAGAUUGUUAAAGUUUUAACUUUUUUUUUGUAAGAUCAUUUAAAGGGGGUUGGGGAGAUGAGAUGAGUCCUAAGGAUACCUUGGGGUAAGGUGGGGCUUGGAAGUACUUCCUAAUUCCUCCUCAGGCUGUUGCUUAACUCCAUUUCAGAUAAUUGGAGAGUACAAAGUUAAAGCCUGUCGGCGGAAUUGAUGGCUUCUGUG